AUGUCUUGCGUAGAUAAAAACUGUACUGAUGUUCAUAAAUAUGAAAAAUAAAUCUAAGAAGAUGUCGAUAAUGCUUUAAAAGAACUCCCAUUAAGCGAAAAAUUCCGUGCUGUAGCUAUAAACUAUCAUUUAUUAAAAAAGAAAGCUUUAGAUGAUGAAUUAUCUGAAAAAAUGUAAUUAUUAUAAUACGAAUAUGAAUUAAAAUCUAAGCCAAUAUACGAAAAAUCAUAAGAAUUAAUAUAAGGAAAAUACCCAGCUGAAGAAGAUCUUAAAGACUUAUAAAAAUAUUUAAAAGAAGGCGAAAAAGAUCAACUCGAGGCAUUACCAAAAGAAUAAGAAAUAAGCGAAUUUUGGUCCAAAGCAAUGUGGAAUAAUGAUAUUCUUGCUUAAGAAAUAAAAUAAUAAGACGGUCCUGUAUUAAAAAGUUUGAAAAGAAUAGAAUAUAUUCCUUUAGACGCAUGUAAAUAUGAAUUAAUUUUCCAUUUCAGUGAGAACGAAUUUUUUAAAAAUUCGACUUUAAAAAAGACUUUCGAAUUAGAUAAGGAAGGUGAACCUUUAAAAUCUACAGGUACAGAAAUUGAAUGGAAUGAAGGAAAAAAAACUACAGUUAAAAUUACAAAAAAAACCUAAAAAAAUAAAAAAACUGGAGCUAAAAGAGUUGUUGAAAAAGAACAAAAAAUUGAAUCUUUCUUCAAUUUCUUUAAUAAUUCUGCGCCUAUAAAAAGCACAGAAAAAGAAGAAAGUGAAAAUGAAGAAGAAAAUGUUUAAUUAGAUAGACUUAAUAUUGAUUUUGAUAUCUAUAAGAGUUUAGUUGAUGAAGUUAUUCCUUACUCCCUUGAGUAUUUCUUAGGAGUUAAAACUGGAGAAGAUGAAUAUGAUGAUGAAGAUUUAGAUGAUGAAGAGGAUAUAGAAGAACCUCCUAAAGAUAAAAAAGCAGGAAAAGGUAAAGGAAAUAGUAAAGGAGGGGCGACUGGUGAAAAACAAGAAUGCAAAUAAUAAUGAUGAAAAUAUUAUUUAUUGUGUGUGUGUUUUUUUUUUAUAAAAAAAG